CUCGGACUGCAUUUCCCAGAACAUACUGAGCGUCACAUAUCACGUGAUAUCAUAUCACAUGAGCCAAAAUGGACACGAUACCGGAGGAACAUUUCGCUUCAUUACAGUUUCUUUUGAAGGCGCCUUCUAAGGAUGCCGUGCGGCAGCUGUGCCAGGACAGCUUCCCGUCCGGAGCGCCGGAAUCUCGGCGGCUCGCCGAGAGCGCCGCGGGGACGCUGUCCGUGUCCGCCAGCGAAGCCCAGCAGCUGCUGAGGGCUCUGCACACGCUCUCUCAUCACGUGCUCUUUCACGGCCUGACAGGCCCAGAGCAGAUCACACGCCUCUUCCCUGACACCUUCCACACCAGCCUGAAAAACCUCCUCACAAAGAUCCUGCUGGAGCACAGCCCAACAUGGAGAAAUGAUGCCCUUUCCAGUCAAAUUUCGCUGCCCCAGCUGGUGGAUAUGGACUGGAGGGUAGACAUGAAGACUGCUUCAGACUCAGUGAGCCGCAUGGCAGUGCCUACCUGCCUGGUGCACAUGAAGGUUCAGGACCCCCUGGCCCUGGGGGCCGGAGACUCGGUUUCCGCGGUGACGGUGGAGCUGAGCAGAGAGACCCUGGACACCAUGCUGGAUGGACUGGGGCGGAUACGAGACCAGCUGUCUAUGGUGGCCAGCAAGUAGCCCCUGCCCCAGAGCUACUGCCCCAGCAAGUAGCCCCUGCCCCACAGCUACUGCCCCAGCAAGUAGCCCCUGCCCCACAGCUACUGCCCCAGCAAGUAGCCCCUGCCCCACAGCUACUGCCCCAGCAAGUCGCCCCUGCCCCACAGCUACUGCCCCAGCAAGUAGCCCCUGCCCCACAGCUACUGCCCCAGCAAGUAGCCCCUGCCCCACAGCUACUGCCCCAGCAAGUAGCCCCUGCCCCACAGCUACUGCCCCAGCAAGUAGCCCCUGCCCCACAGCUACUGCCCCACAGCUACUGCCCCAGCAAGUAGCCCCUGCCCCACAGCUACUGCCCCAGCAAGUCGCCCCUGCCCCACAGCUACUGCCCCAGCAAGUAGCCCCUGCCCCACAGCUACUGCCCCAGCAAGUCGCCCCUGCCCCACAGCUACUGCCCCAGCAAGUCGCCCCUGCCCCAGAGCUACUGCCCCAGCAAGUCGCCCCUGCCCCAGAGCUACUGCCCCAGCAAGUAGCCCCUGCCCCAGAGCUACUGCCCCAGCAAGUCGCCCCUGCCCCACAGCUACUGCCCCAGCAAGUAGCCCCUGCCCCACAGCUACUGCCCCAGCAAGUAGCCCCUGCCCCACAGCUACUGCCCCACAGCUACUGCCCCAGCAAGUCGCCCCUGCCCCACAGCUACUGCCCCAGCAAGUAGCCCCUGCCCCACAGCUACUGCCCCAGCAAGUAGCCCCUGCCCCAGAGCUACUGCCCCAGCAAGUCGCCCCUGCCCCACAGCUACUGCCCCAGCAAGUAGCCCCUGCCCCACAGCUACUGCCCCAGCAAGUAGCCCCUGCCCCACAGCUACUGCCCCAGCAAGUCGCCCCAGCCCCAGAGCUACUGCCCCAGCAAGUAGCCCCUGCCCUAGAGCUACUGCAGCCAGGAGUGUCAUCCCUCUGCACUGAGCAAUUAAUGAACACACACACGCACCAACAGGUACUCACACUCACACACUCACAUAGACACCAACAUACACACACACGCACACAGACUCGGCUCAGUAACCUGGGCGUGACGCACAUGGAUGUGAUGGCCGCCUGAGUCACAUCCUCUCGGUGUGAGGAACUGACGCAGGUCUGACUGCACAAACAUUCCUCAUCACCGCCAUCACCAAACUUUCCAGCUCAAAAACCGUAUUAAAAACACACAUUCAAAUGCCUCUGGAUUUGAUUUUUUUGUAUGUGUUCUCACAAAAUAAAUGAAUAGCAAUAUUGACCUUAA